UUGAACUAUAAUCUGGAGUAGAAGUACUCUUAAUACCAUUAAAUAUUUAAGGCUAUUUCUGAUGUCAAUUGUUUUAAAUUGCCAAUAGGAUUGCUUUACACCCAUGAGCGACAGACACAUCAUCAGACCAUCAAUAGAAUUGGUAAGGUGCAUCAUGUGAUCUUAUGUAAAACCAACUACAAGAAACUCAAUGUCAACAUAACUAUUGAGGCCUUAUCCUAAAAAAGUGCAAUUGAGAGUUUUAAAUAUUCCCCUUUUGCGUGGGAUCUGUACAUUUCAUCAAAAACGAAAAAACUACUGUGGAUUAUGCAAAUUUAGCUGGUUUCAUCUGCGAGAAUAUAACAUAUCCCCAAAAUGGACGACCCUUACCAGAACAACAUAAACCAGCAGAGAGAAACCUACCCCACAUAUGGAGAGGGGGGAGAUGAUGGCUACCCCUAUCAGACAGACUACCCUCCUCAGGAGGAAGAUGCUGCUAGUGAUGUCACCGAGGGCAACGAUGAAGACGAUCAAAUGUAUGAGGGUGAGUACCAGGGUGUUCCGCACCCGGAUGAGAUCAAGGAGGCCCGGAGAGCCGCGCGGAGGGAGGCGAGAAUGAAGGCCAGGAUGGCUGCAGAGGCCGAAGAGGAGACGUUAGCGGACCAAUACGAGACCAUCAUGGAAGACUGCGGUCACGGGCGUUUCCAGUGGACCCUCUUCACGGUGCUAGGUUUGGCCCUUAUGGCUGAUGGGGUGGAGUGCUUCGUGGUGGGCUUCGUGCUGCCCAGCGCUGAGAAGGAUAUGUGCCUCUCCAAUGCUGAUAAGGGCAUGCUGGGUUUAAUCGUGUACGUGGGCAUGAUGGUUGGUGCUGUUGUGUGGGGCGGUCUGGCUGAUAAACUGGGUCGACGGCAGUGUUUACUUUACGCUCUGACAAUCAACAGCAUCUUCUCCUUCCUAUCCUGCUUCGCCCAGGGUUAUGGCUUCUUCAUCUUCUUCAGACUCUGUUCAGGAAUCGGAAUUGGAGGGUCCAUCCCCAUCGUAUACACAUACUUCUCUGAGUUCCUGCAGAUGGAUAAGAGAGGAGAACAUCUCAGCUGGCUCUGUCUCUUCUGGAUGCUGGGAGGCCUGUAUGCCUCCUUCACCGCCUGGGGAAUCAUCCCACAUUAUGGUUGGGGCUUCAGUAUGGGGACAGAGUUUCAGUUCCACAGCUGGAGGGUGUUUGUGCUGGUUUGUUUCCUCCCAUCUGUGGCUGCUCUCGCUGGGCUUGUGUUUAUGCCAGAAAGUCCCCGAUUUCUCCUGGAGAACGCGAGACAUGAUGAGGCCUGGAUGAUCCUCAGGCAGGUCCAUGACACCAACUGGAGGGCAAAAGGAGAACCAGAGAGAGUUUUUCAAGUCUCUCAAAUUAAAACACCUCAAACCCAGGAUGAUGAGUUCAUAGAGAUUCAGAGUGAAACUGGCACUGCGUUUCAGAGAUUCAUGGUCAGACAUAUGACUCUGGUCAAACAGGUCAUGAAGAACAUGAUGUCUCUGGCUUCACCAGAUCUCAGACUCCACAGCUUGCUUAUUGGGAUUGUUUGGUUCACUAUGGCUUUCAGCUACUAUGGGCUGGGAGCUUGGUUUCCUGACCAAAUCAAGUACCUUCAGUUUGAGGAAUAUGAGUCUAACGUCAAGAUCCUCCAUCGCGAGAGAGUGGAGCGAUUUCAUUUCAACUUCACACUGCAGAAUCAGGUUCACAAAGAGGGCGAAUAUAUUCAUGACAGAUUUGUCAACAUUGAAAUAAAAAAUGUGAAGUUUGAGGACUCGCUCUUUGAGAACUGUUAUUUUGAAGACAUCAAAUCGACAGAAACCUUUUUUGAAAACUGCACGCUUAAAAGCACAGUCUUCUACAAUACAGAUCUGUGGGAAGAUUCAAAGUUCAUUGACUGCAAACUGGAAAAUACAACGUUUUUGCACCCCAAAAAAGGUUGCCAUCUAAACUUCCAGGAGGAAAAUGACAUCUUGAUCUAUCUAGUCAGUUUUCUCGGCAGUUUGUCCGUGUUACCAGGCAACAUCAUAGCUGGCCUAUUGAUGGAUAAAAUAGGAAGAAUUAAAAUUAUAGGGAUCUCAAUGUUGGUCUCUGCUGGCUGUACGUUCUCUCUGUUCCUGUGCUUCAAUCAAGGUUCUAUCAUCAUGUUCCAGUGUCUCUUCUUCGCAUCCUGCGCAGCCGCAUGGAACGGCAUUGAGGUGAUCACAGUGGAGCUUUAUCCCGCGUCCAAAAGGGCGACAGCGUUCGGCGUGCUGAACGGCACCUGUAAACUGGCAGCCAUCAUCAGCAGUUUUAUCUUCGGCAAGUUUGUCAGCAUCACCAAGAUUAUACCCAUCAUCAUGUCCUUCUCAGCGCUGGUUUGCGGAGGACUGCUGGCGUUUAAAAUGCCCGAGACCCGGGAGCUCAUCCUUCAAUGAAAAAGCCUAACUGAAAAAGCCUAAGGGAUGUCCCUUUGCUUGGAUCUCUGAACACUAAAGGAUUGAGCUAUGUUGAGCUAAUAUGAUGUCAUGUUUCAACGAUGUUAUCAUAGAAUUUGUUUCAUUUCAUCUUUUUUUUCUGAAUCCGUUUAGUAAAAUGUUCAGAACGGCUACACGUGGGAUAUUAAAGGGUUGGGAAAUGCUUGGAACAUAUUCUUACACCUUUCAGAUUUCUGAAUUUAACCUUAUUUCAACUAUUUUGUAAAUUAAUUUUAUUCAUAGCAUAAUGACAGGAGUCUUUAUCAGUUAGUUUUUGUUGUGCUGUAGUUCUUUCACAAGAGGUAGAUCACUUUAUUUACACUGUGUUUUUGAAUUACCAUCAACUGUUUCUUGUCAAUGCCUUUUCAUUAGAUCGUAAUGUAAGAAUAAUGUUGUUUGUGAAGAUAGACAUUUUUAAAAUGGACUUAAGUUUUAUGUGUUUUAAAAUGUUAUUUCUUAAGAAUAAUGUUU